AAAUAUUCAUAAUUCCAUUAUUCAUAUAAUUAUCCAUACUGAUCUAUAACAGUAUUCUUGCCUCAUUCAAAAUGUGUUCAUUGGGAGAUGAUUACGAAAACAAUGAAGAAAAGUAUUUGCCCCAAAAAAACAUUGGAUUAGACAAUUGCAGGUGCAACAAAUGUAGGCAUGAAAAGGCUAGCAUAUUGCUUCGAGGCAAGGAUGCAUAUUGCAGGAACUGUUUUUUAGCAAGCACUAACCACAAAUUCAAAGCAAUACUUGGAAAGUCAAAGUUGAUUAGGCCCUAUGAUAAAGUUUUGAUUUCAUUUGAUGUGGGACAUCCUUCUGUUGCUUUGUUGCAUCUUAUCAGAUCUGGAUUAGAUUUAGACACUCCAAAGAGACUUAAAUUUAUACCAGUAGUUGUAUUUAUUGAAGAUAGGUAUCAUUUGUCUUUAGAUGAAAGAAAGGAAAUGCUAAGAGAUAUUCAAACGGAGGUAAACAAUUUUCAAUUGAAGCUAUAUUUUGUUUCUUUAGCCAACUGUCUGUCAUCUGAAAAUGAAAUAAACAUUUCAGAAAACAUUUUAAAUGUGACGGAACUAGAUAAAGCAAAAUUAUCUACAGUUGUUGCUAACAAUGCAAAUGAAACAACUAAAAAUGAGCUUUUAUUCAUUCUAAAACGAAAUGUCCUACUCAAAGUGGCCAAGAACUUGGACUGUAAAUUCAUUUUCACUCCAGAAUUGUCUAUUGACAUUGCUUCAAAUUUAUUGAGCAAUGUUUCUCUUGGUAGAGGCGAUAACAUUUCACUUGAUACUGGAUUUUGCGAUAACCGUGAUGAAAGGGUAAAAAUUUUACGUCCUCUAAGAGACUUUGAUAUGAAAGAAGUUGCAUUUUAUAAUGUCUUACACCAUUUAAAUCCAAUCAGUGUGAGAGGGAGGGAAGUAAAUUCCAACCACUCUGUGCAAAACUUAAUGAGAGACUUCAUAACAAAGCUACAGUCUGAUUAUCCCGCAACCGUCACUACAAUUGUCAAAACCGGCGAUAAAUUGACAACCCAGAUCAAAGACAAUUGUGACAGGAGAUGCAGACUAUGCAAUGGAACUAUUACACAGAGACCUACCGAGUUGAGUUCUGAAGAAUCAACUAAUUUUUCAAAACUUAUUUCCAACUCUUUUCGAGAUCCCACCAUACCUGUAGAGGACAGAUGCAAGUCAGUAGUUGAAGGCUUCACAAAUUCUCCAAAACAUGAACAGCUCUGAAGAAGCCAACACGAUGAUUCGACUCAACAAAAACCGACGCAGGAGGAAUCCAGAAGUUUUAUAAAAAGCAAUAAUUCAAAUUCAAAUGACUAUUGCCGCUUAUUAGUUUAUAGCUUGCAGUUAGCAAGAUUGAUUGAAAAGACUCCGUCCAUUUCGAAAUGUGAGAGAAUCUGGCAACGCCGGACUACUUGCGUACUUUGCGCACCCCGUACACGGCGACGGCAUUGCACCGUCACAUUCGUUGAUCUACGAAAUCAUGCCGAAAACAAAAACACGAUAUCGGGUGAUAAGGAGCGGGCGAUCGGUACCACGGCAAGGAAAAAAAAAGGUACCGCGUUCAGUCGAGCCCGGGAGUCGGAAACCAUCGAAAAAAAAAAAAAAACUCUUUCUAGACGUUUCCAGCGAAAACAAAAAAAAAACGCAUUUUUCGAAAAGCGAAAAUCCGCGUAGUGACCUCUGCCGCGAUAAACUGGUUCGCAAUCGUAGUAGCCUCGUUCGCGUUUACGAAUAAUAUAGCGGCGACCGGC